UCAGACCAACAGUGGCGGCGGGAAUGAACAAGAGGCGACAGACACGUUGGCCGUGUUGCUUGGCUUUGUGGGCGGCGUACUGAGCGUCUUGCAGCGUGUGUAUGUGUGCAGUGUCGAGCCCAAACACUUUUAUCAGCUUCCCACGGUGAAGUACAUUGAGUUCUUUGGCGUCUCCCUUGAGUCCGGGUCGGACACGUACGAAAAGAGGGCAAACUAA